AAACGACCAAACAGGCUUUCAUCACAAUGGGGGGAUAAGAGCCGAAAAUGGAAACCGCCCAAUUUCAGUCUGUGAAAGAAGAUGUGUUGGAAAGUGCUUUGCCCACAUCCGCCACUACCACUUCAAUUCUCCAUUGAACACAAUCGGAGUGCUUGCCUACUCUAAUCUGCUCAUUUCUCAGCCGAGUGUAACCUAGAACCGUGGUGGGCGGAGAAGUGGAUUUAUUGUUCUGUGGUGUACCGUUUAUGUGCUUUUAGUGUCUUUUGAUUUUGGUUCUGAAAUUCUUGGUCUCCGUUGAAGGUUUAAUAGUUGUCUGCUUCCAUUUCUGAGCUUGUGUGAGAUUUUUGGUGAAAUGUCACUAUGUGGGUCUGUCUCUGCUCUGAACUUGAGGUGCCAAAAGGGCAUCCCAAAAUCAACAUCAAGAUGGUGUUCUCCAUUUACUUGUGAGAAAAGCAAUGCUUUAGCAUUUUGGGGUAGUGAGUUUGUGGGCGAAGGUUUGAAAGUUUCUGCCAGACAUGUUAAUAGGAAACUGGCUAAGGGGAUUCCAUCUCUAAAGGUAGUUUGUGUGGAUUACCCUAGACCACAGAUUGAUGAUACUGUUAAUUUCAUUGAAGCAGCAUCCUUAUCUGCGAGUUUUCGUACUUCUAAACGUCCAAGUAAACCGUUGAAAAUAGUGAUUGCUGGUGCAGGAUUGGCUGGUUUAUCGACAGCAAAAUACUUGGCAGAUGCUGGCCACAUACCUGUUCUACUAGAAGCUCGAGACGUUUUAGGUGGGAAGGUAGCUGCUUGGAAAGAUAACGAUGGAGACUGGUACGAGACUGGCCUGCACAUAUUUUUUGGGGCUUAUCCCAAUGUGCAGAACUUGUUCGGGGAACUUGGAAUCAACGACCGGUUGCAGUGGAAGGAACAUUCAAUGAUAUUUGCUAUGCCAAACAAGCCGGGGGAGUUCAGUCGAUUCGAUUUCCCUGAAGUACUUCCUGCACCCAUAAAUGGGAUAUGGGCCAUUUUAAGGAACAAUGAGAUGCUUACGUGGCCGGAGAAAAUUAAAUUUGCGAUCGGGCUCUUGCCAGCAAUGCUUGGUGGGCAAUCUUAUGUUGAGGCUCAAGAUAAUUUAACUGUGCAAGAGUGGAUGAGAAGUCGGGGAGUACCUGAUCGUGUAACAACUGAGGUGUUUAUUGCUAUGUCAAAGGCUCUAAAUUUCAUUAACCCCGAUGAACUUUCUAUGCAAUGCAUUUUGAUUGCUCUGAAUCGAUUUCUUCAGGAAAAGCAUGGCUCUAAGAUGGCUUUCUUGGAUGGAAAUCCACCCGAGAGACUUUGCGAGCCAAUUGUUGAGCAUAUUCGAUCAUUGGGUGGCGAAGUGCGACUUAAUUCAAGGAUACAAAAAAUCGAGUUAAACAAUGAUGGAACAGUGAAAAAGUUCUUGUUAAGCGAUGGGAAUGUAAUUGAAGGAGAUGCUUAUGUCUUUGCCACUCCUGUUGAUAUCUUCAAGCUUCUUUUGCCUAAUGACUGGAAAAAGAUUACAUACUUCAAAAAGCUGGAAAAAUUGGUUGGAGUUCCAGUUAUCAAUGUCCAUAUAUGGUUUGACAGGAAACUGAAGAACACAUAUGAUCACUUACUUUUUAGCAGGAGUCCGCUUCUUAGUGUUUAUGCUGACAUGUCAGUCACAUGCAAGGAAUAUUACAAUCCGAACCAGUCCAUGUUGGAACUAGUCUUUGCACCUGCAGAAGAGUGGAUUUCCCGGAGUGACUCAGAAAUUAUUGAUGCCACAAUGGUGGAACUAGCUAAACUAUUUCCUGAUGAAAUUUCAGCUGAUCAGAGCAGAGCUAAGAUAGUAAAGUACCACGUCGUUAAAACGCCAAGGUCCGUUUAUAAGACGGUGCCCGACUGUGAACCGUGUCGCCCCUUACAACGAUCUCCUAUUGAGGGAUUUUAUUUAGCUGGCGACUACACGAAACAGAAGUAUUUAGCUUCUAUGGAAGGUGCUGUUCUUUCAGGAAAGCUUUGUGCACAGGCUAUUGUGAAGGAUUAUGAAAUGCUAGUUGCUCGAGAGCAACGACGAGUCGCCGAGGCUGGUGUUCGUUGACUAGAACGUAAAAAGAUAAAAAGUACCUUCACAUGAUAUUUCAACCAUGAAGACAUGAUUCUCCAAUGCUACAAAAUUGUAAUGUCAAAUGUUGGAUAUAA